AUGCAGAGGAACCACCGCCGGAGGAGAUCGCCGGAACUUCUUCUGCCUUCCUCUCUGCCAGCAAAUCAAACAGUUCGUUGUGGGCCGGAGUUUUUAUAG